AUGAAGUUCACCAACAAGGACCUCUGCUCCCUGCUCUUCACCGACUUAUCUCCGAGUCAAUCUCGGUGCAACACCUGUAGCAAGGUGUACAAGAGCGGCAAUGGCUACACCAAUCAGGUGCAUCAUUUGCUCAAGCGCCACCCCGACUAUCACGACUUGGCCGUGGCUGCAUUUCGCAAGGGCAAUCGGUUUGGUGUGACUCUUCCAGACCAGCGCACCAACGACAUUUUUCGAUGGAUUGAGUGGUGCGUAAUGGAGCGCAUGCCCGUCAGUUUUUGCGAGCGCCCACUUGUUCGCAAAAAUGUGAAGAUGGACCCUAUUUCUGCUGAGACGCUGCAAAAGUAUCUAGACCUGGUGUAUUUGCAUAUGGCUGGAGCCGCGCUGGACGCCAUUUCAUGA